UUACUUUUUAAUAUACACCGCACAGUACAAAACCAGCUUAUCUGCUUAUUAAUUUUAUUUAACAAUAGUUAUACUUAGUUUACGAAGUAGAUUCACAUUAUAGAACAAGACAAUCAUAUGUGUGUCGCGACAUUAGGUAUCAGGUUUUAGCGUACCAUCAAAAUGUUGUCUUAUCUUGACGUCCAUUUAGUAUACACACUUCCUGCAAUCGGAGUUUUAACAUUAAUCACUUGGCCUUUCAUAAAUCGAUCCGAAAUUUUUAAAAUUACUUUUCUCUCCUUGUUAGCUCUUGUUUAUACAACACCAUGGGACAACUACUUAAUUGCUAACGGAGCUUGGAUUUAUCAAAAAAAUAAAGUUUUAGGUGUACUCGGAUAUGUUCCUAUUGAAGAAUAUAUGUUUUUCAUCCUUCAAACAACAUUAACAUCGCUUUGGGCCCUGAUGUGUAUGCGAUGGUCCACACCAUGUUUAAAUUUCAACUACAACAAACCAAGUUUUCAAUUGAUUCGAUGGAUACCAAUUUUACUAUUAUCGAUCACGACACUUAUAGGAUGGACUAUCGCUAUUCCUGGUGAAAAAUCGUUUUACUUAGGCACCAUACUUUGGUGGGUGUGCCCCGUAACUGCAUUUGUAUGGUACGGUGCAGGAAAUUAUUUUACAAAAAAAAAAGUUUCAGCAUCAGUAGCAAUAAUAGUACCUACGGUGUACUUAUGUUGGAUCGAUCAGUUGGCGCUAAAGCAAAACGUUUGGCAUAUUAACGAGCAAACUAGUUUGGAAAUAUUUCCUUUCGAGGAUUUACCCAUUGAAGAAGCAUUUUUCUUUUUUAUAGUUAACGUAAUGAUCGUUUUGGGCGUAUGUGCCUAUGACAAAGCUCGAGGCCUGAGUGAGACGUAUACUUCCGAUUACCCAUAUCAAUUUGGUAUGAACAAGCACUACAUCGGUCAAAUGUUGUUUGCGUUCCUCACUGAUGAAUGUUCGAAACCGGAAAUUGUGGUUAAGGACAUAAAAAAGAGUAUGGACGUUUUAGCAAUCGCUUCCAAAUCAUUUAACGUCGCCAGUUUUCUCUUCCAGUCAGGUAUUAGACUAGAUUUGAUGAUUUUGUACGCCUUUUGUCGAGUCACCGACGAUAUGAUUGACGACGAGCCAGACGUCGACAAAAAAAAACGGAAAUUGGAGUUGACCACACAAUUUGUAGACGAACUGUUCGCCGACCGGAAAUCAGACUAUGACGUUAAAACAAAACCUCAUAUGCCUCAGAUCAGCUGGCCAUUAUUCGAGUCAGAAUUGUCCGACGACGAACUGGCUUGUUUUAGGGCGAUAUCCAGAAUAACGUUUUACUUGCCACGUAAACCUUUCUACGACUUGCUUGCAGGAUAUAAAUGGGAUAUCGACGGUCGAUUCGUUAAAGAUGAAACUGAUCUGCUGUUGUAUUCCAGUUAUGUAGCUGGAAGUGUAGGCAUGCUGUGCGUUUACGUGAUGAUGUACAGGAGUGACGAUCGCGGAUGCGAAUUCAAAGAGAAACACGAAUACGUUAUUGGGAAAGCUCAUCAAAUGGGACAAGUAUUACAAAUCGUCAACAUCGCCCGUGAUAUAAUUACAGACAGUGAAACGCUGGGUCGGUGUUACGUGCCUACCGAUUACAUGGACGACGAGAUAGAAGAAAUCAAAAUAUUAUGCCACAAAAAAAACCCUAGAACGCUGGGUAACCAAAAAUUGAAAAAAUAUUCCACCCGAAUGAUUCAACUGGCCAACAAAUUUCAAACAGAAUCGGUGGUUGGCAUCAGGUGUUUACCAAAAGAGACAAGAGGUGCAGUUUUGGCAGCCACUGACAUAUAUCAAGGACUGACUUCUAAAAUACAAUCGAAUGCAAUAUACCCAAAAAGAGCAGCAUUAUCCAAAUGGAGUAAAAUAUUUAUAGGAUUGUACUCUUUAUAUUUUAAAAGCAUUCAAUAUAUUUUAUAAACAAUAGUGGUUAAAAUAACUGCAAUGUAUGUGUUUCAAAUAUGUAUUAACAUUAAUGGCAAAACAGUUAAUAUCACAACUUCUUUAAGUACAUUAUUAUUUUAAUUUGUAUUGUAUACGUUUCCAUUCAAACUUAUAGUUAAAAGGAUAGUUUUUAUGUUUGAUAAAUUGUUUAAUUUUUACAAAUUAAACAGUUUU